AUGGAGCCCAACGGGACGGCGGCGGCGGGGGGCAACGGGACGGCGGCGUCGGGCGGCGGGGGUGCCCCCGGGGGCGGCCCCCUGCUCAUCCCCUCGGCCUUCGGGACUGUGCUGUCGGUGAUGUACGUGGCCGGGGUGGCCGGCAAUGUCUACACGCUGGUGGUGAUGUGCCACUCGGCGCGCUGCGCCGCCCCCAUGUACAGCUCCAUCGUCAGCCUGGCGCUGGCCGACCUGCUCUACCUCUCCACCAUCCCCUUCAUCGUCUGCACCUAUCUGGCCCAGGACUGGUACUUCGGGGACCUGGGGUGCCGCAUCCUGCUCAGCCUGGACCUGCUCACCAUGCACGCCAGCAUCUUCACCCUCACCCUCAUGUGCACCGAGCGCUACCUGGCCGUCACCCGGCCCCUGGACACCCUGAAGCGGUCGCGGGGCUACCGGAAGGUCACGGCGGGGGCUGUCUGGUCGGUGUCGCUGCUGCUUACGCUGCCCAUGAUGCUGAUGGUCACGCUGACCGAGGGGGGCAAGGCGGAGGGCAAGGUGAAGAGGAUGUGUGCGCCCACCUGGAGCGUGGAUGCCUACCGGACCUACCUGACCGUGCUCUUCAGCACCAGCAUCAUGGCCCCGGGGAUCAUCAUCGGCUUCCUCUAUACACGCCUGGCCAGGACCUACCUGGAGUCCCAGAGGAACCCCCCGCACAAGGAGAAGAGCAAGAGAUCCCCCCGGCAGAAGGUCCUCAUCAUGAUUUUCAGCAUCGUGCUGGUCUUCUGGGCCUGCUUCCUGCCGUUUUGGAUCUGGCAGCUGGUGCGCCUCUACAGCAGCUCCCUGCAGCUCACCACCCAAACCCAGAAGUGCAUUAACUAUCUGGUGACCUGCCUGACCUACAGCAACAGCUGCAUCAACCCCUUCCUCUACACCCUGCUCACCAAAAACUACCGGGAGUACCUGCGCAACAGGCACCGCAACUUCUACAGGUUCACCUCCUCCUUCCGCAAGAGGGGCUCCAACCUGCAGUGCUCCUGGGGACGGUCCAUGUCCUCCAGCAACCAGUACGACUACAGCUCGGAGGCGCUGGGCAUGGCCACUCUCAAGGACAAGUGAGGAAGAGGAGGCGCUCCGGACACACCAGGACCAGCAGAGCGUCCGGCCAAGGUCUAAAUUCUGCCCAGUUCCAGAAAAGCUGCAACAGACGCAAGCUAUGCAUGGAGGACACCAUCACUUUAAAAAAUGCCCAUUUGAUACACAAGAUAAAUGCAGAAGAAAGCAUAAUUCAUCAUUUUUUAAAUAGGUGGAUGUAGCAUCACUUAACUUAUUUUAGCAUGUUCACUGUUCAUUAUUAAUUCAAACAGAAGAUGGACAGGGUAAAUAGCUGAAGCAAAUGGUUAUCAAGAGGUCCUAUUGAAAAAUUUAUAAAAGGUUUUAAGAGCUUUGCUACCUGGAAGCUCUCAGUUUCCAGUUGUCUGAUCUCCUAAUGAAACAAUAAAGCAGAGUGAGGAGGAGGAAAAAAUGUCAGUUCAAAUUGACACGGACACAUCAGUGUGGGAGAAGUCUCCUGUAGCUGCUCUCUGCCUAACACCAUCUUAAACUGAACUUCCCCCUCUGCUUGGCUGACUCAGUAGUAUUGCUUUUUUCCUCCUAGUCAAAGUUUAUUUUGAUCAUAUUCAUCCCCGUGGAAAGGAGUGACUCUCAGAUUAAUUCCUGUUUUCCUUUGAAAUAAAGAAACAAAGAAAAACACCCAUUGAUGGCCCAUAGUGAAGUAGAAA